CCCGCCUCCUCCCCAGGGGCAGCGACGGAGCCUCGGCGGCGGCGCUCAGUGCCCGAGGAGAGCGUGCCAGCGCUAGCAGCGGCCAUCCCCACGCCGCGGCGCGUACCUCUCGGCUUCCCGGCGACCCUUGGCCGCGGCGUCCGCGCCCCUUCAGCUCGCUCGUUCGCGCUCCUUCCCUGAGGCCCGCUGCGCCAUGGCCUUGGCGUUGGCAGCGCUGGCAGCCGUGGAGCCGGCCUGCGGCACCGGGUACCAGCAGCUGCAGAAUGAAGAGGAGCCAGGGGAACCCGAGCAGACUGCAGGUGAUGCUCCUCCACCGUACAGCAGCAUUUCUGCAGAGAAUGCAGCGUAUUUUGACUACAAAGAUGAAUCUGGGUUUCCAAAGCCCCCUUCUUAUAACGUGGCUACAACACUGCCCAGUUAUGAUGAGGCUGAAAGAACCAAGACUGAAGCUACAAUCCCUUUGGUUCCUGGAAGAGAUGAAGAUUUUGUGGGUCGGGAUGAUUUUGACGAUGCUGACCAGCUGAGGAUAGGAAAUGAUGGGAUUUUUAUGUUAACUUUUUUCAUGGCAUUCCUCUUCAACUGGAUUGGGUUCUUCUUGUCUUUUUGCCUGACCACCUCAGCUGCGGGAAGGUAUGGGGCCAUCUCAGGAUUUGGUCUUUCUCUAAUUAAAUGGAUCCUUAUUGUCAGGUUUUCCACCUAUUUCCCUGGAUACUUUGAUGGCCAGUACUGGCUCUGGUGGGUGUUCUUGGUUUUAGGCUUUCUCCUGUUUCUCAGAGGAUUUAUCAAUUACGCAAAAGUUCGGAAGAUGCCAGAAACUUUCUCAAAUCUCCCCAGGACCAGAGUUCUCUUUAUUUAUUAAAGAUGGUUUCUGGCAAAGGCCUUCCUGCACUGAUGAAGUCCCUUGACAAGCGCGUGCACCUGCAGGAAGUGAAUCAUCACCAGAAUGGAGAAACAGUCACCUGCUUUAAAAAAUAAAAGUACUGUUGAAAAAGAUCAUUUCUCUCUAUUUGUUCCUAGGUGUAAAAUGUUAAUAGUUAAUGCAGAAUUCUGUAAUCAUCGAAUCAUUAGUGGUUAAUGUUUGAAAAAGCUCUUGCAAUCAAGUCUGUGAUGUAUUAUUAAUAAUGCCUUAUAUAUUGUUUGUAGUCAUUUUAAAUAGCAUGAGCCAUGCCCCUGUAGUCAGUAGGGGGCAAUCUUGCUUUAUUCAUUCUCCAUCUCAACGCAGAUUUGAAAUUACAGAUUAGUGUAAAGCUAUGCAUAAAGCUGGCUGUUUGAAAGGGGGUUUUCUCAAAAGUCAAAACUUUGGUUAUGACUGCAUUUCUGCACAUAAUCCAUAUUUCCUGUUCAAAUUAAUCUAGAAAUAUGUUAAAUUGUACUGUGUAUGAACACCUGGAAGCAAAACCAUAGUGCAAAAGUCAUUGUAGUGUUAAAAAGAUGUUCUCAAUUGGUACAUAAGCAUUAAUUUUUCAUAGUCUCUACUCAGAAAUUACCUUUUCAUUCUGUAGUUCUGUGUACAAAGGAAUUCUAAAGGCAUUUUUCGUUGUAUAAAAUGGAAAGGGCAAAGGCAGAUUCAGAUGAAAUACACAAAAAGUUAUUCUGGAAAUGGGCUAAAAUCCCAGAGGGUCAGGAACCAAGAAUUAGCUUGGAACUUUUGAGAGGAUCCCUAACAUUCUGUAUUCCUUGCUUUUACAACUGUUAUAACUGUAGAAUGAUGUGCUUGCUGCCCAAGUGCUAGCUCACUUUGGUUGCUCUAUUAAACUGUAAAUACAAUAGAACAUUAAUAAAUGUCUCUUGUGUAGCACCUUU